AUGGAACCACCACAACGCCGCAGUUCUACGAUGCCGGGCGAAUAUCCGACCAACGAUGGAACCGAAGUGAAAGAUGAUGGCCGAAUCGAAAUCGACCUGGAUUCAAAAGUCGGCAGAGAAGUGUCCAAGUUGAUUCCAUUUUUGCACUCGGAAGAGAAGUUCGAGUCACCAGAAGGACCUCCUGCCGAGACACGCUGUGACCUCGAGCUCAACAUCGUGAUUCAAGUGGUUGGCAGUAGGGGUGACGUCCAGCCUUUUGUUGCAUUGGGCAAUGAACUCCAGCGUCAUGGUCACCGCGUCCGACUCGCUACACACGGCACUUUCGAAUCCUUUGUCCGGGAUUCAGGCUUGGAGUUCUACUCCAUUGGCGGUGACCCCUCAGAGCUGAUGGCUCACAUGGUGAAGAAUCCAGGAUUGAUACCACAGAUGAAGUCCAUCCAAGAUGGCGACAUUAAACGCAAACGUGUUAUGGUUGCGGAAAUUCUGCAAGGCUGUUGGAAGUCUUGUAUUGAGGAUGACUCCGUGACAAAAACACCCUUUGUUGCCGAUGCUAUUAUUGCGAACCCGCCAAGUUUUGCGCAUAUUCACUGUGCUCAGGCGCUUGGAAUUCCACUACACUUGAUGUUCACUAUGCCAUGGACCAGCACUAGAUCCUUCCCACACCCACUGGCAAAUCUCAAAUACUCCACCACAGAGCCUAAAAUGGCCAAUUAUCUAUCCUACGGAAUCGUCGAAUGGCUGACUUGGCAAGGACUAGGUGACGUUAUCAAUGAUUGGAGAAGGUCUAUUGACCUAGAACAAAUAUCGGCCACGGAAGGCCCUCGGCUAGCAGAAACAUUGAAGGUACCAUUCACAUAUUGUUGGUCACCUACCUUGAUGCCCAAGCCAGCGGACUGGCCAGGUCAUCUCGAUGUUUGCGGUUUCUUCUUCCGAUCUCCACCCGACUUUACACCUCCUGCGGACCUCGAUGCAUUCCUGAAAGAUGGGGCGCCGCCGGUGUAUAUUGGCUUUGGAAGUAUCGUCAUUGAAGACCCUCCAGCAAUGACUGCGACUCUGGUCAAUGCCGUGAAGGCCUGGGGAGGCCGAGCGAUCAUCUCGCGUGGAUGGAGCAAUCUCGGCGAAGCAGAAUCAACCGACCAGAUCUUUUACCUAGGAGAUUGCCCCCACGAAUGGUUAUUCCAGAAAGUCUCGGCAGUCGUGCAUCACGGAGGAGCCGGAACUACAGCAUGUGGACUUCGAUUUGGUCGACCCUCCCUCGUCGUUCCGUUCUUUGGAGACCAGCUAUUCUGGGGCAACAUGGUUGCCUCUCGUGGCAUUGGACCAAUGCCAAUUCCCCAUCGAUCUUUGAACGCUGAAAAUCUAGCAGAAGCCAUUCGCUUUUGCCUACAUCCUGACACAUUAUCAGCAGCCGGAGAACUUGCUCGUCAAAUGAGCGAAGAAGCUGGCGUAUCUGCGGCUGUCGCAUCGUUCCAUCGAAACCUACCGAUGGCAGACAUGAAAUGCCAAUUUAUGGAGUCUGAACCUGCUGUUUGGAGACUGAAGCAAGACUCGAAGAGCACCAUGAAUAUGUCAAAGAUAGCUGCUGGGAUAUUGAUUGAGAACUCGCUCAUUGACGCAAAUGAGCUCAAAUCAUACGAAAGCAAGCCUAUCUUCAUACAGACACGACGAUGGGACCCCAUAACUGGUGGAACAUCCUCAUUGCUAGGCAUGUACAAAGACAUCCUCACGGCCUCAAGUGAUAUUGUGAUCCGCCCAUACAAGGAGUUCAGUCGCGCCCGUCAACAAAGCGAGCCCGAACUGGUGGUCAUCGAGACCGCGAACGGCGAAUCCUCUGGCGAACGGCGUCCUUCUGAAGGGUUAUCUCAACGAUCUGGUUCCAACAUGCAAGAUGCGGACUGGAGAGUCGCCGGUAACGCUGUCGGAGGCUCUGCCAAAAGCGUGGGUAGGAUCAUCGCAUACUACUACAAAGGCGUGUUGGUCGACAUCCCCGGUGCUGUCAACGAAGGGUUAAGGGCGGUUCCACGACUCUACGGCGAGGAUGUCAAGCAAUAUGAUGACAUCAAAGACUUCAAGUCUGGGGUUGCUGCUGCGAGCGAUAAUUUCACUAAUGCAUUCGGAAACGGCCUCACUGAUGUUUUCAGGCAGCCUUACCAGGGCAGUCAGAAAGAUGGCAUUAGAGGUGCCAUCAAGGGCUUUGUCAAGGGUCCAAUCGGCAUGGGCACGAAAGCUGCGUCAGGCGCUCUGGGCUUGGUAGCUUACCCUGGCCAGGGACUGGCAAAAAGCUUGCAUUCGGCGAUUCAUUCCAAAACACGGAAGGAAAUUGUCAAGGCACGGCUGAAUGAAUCACAGUAUCUGGCCAGACAGUCUUCAAAGGCACAGUCGAUGUGCUCAUAUGUUCUUGACGCAUUCGAAGUUCAAAGGCAGCUGGGGUCUCAGGGCCAACAGGCGUAA